AUGCAUGAUGAAUGUACUCCACUACAGACAAAGUCCAUCAUUCAAGAUAUCAAAGCAACUGACACUACUGCAAGAGGGGAGCUAAAUGUCAGUGAAGCAGCUACAGUUUUCCCCACAAAUGGGGAGGAGAGUCAUUACAUGAGCCGGGGCCAGUUAAAAAACAAUAAAACGCAGAUGAGUUCAGAAUUAAUGGAAAAAGAAAACAUAUCACUGUAUGGAAAUGUAACAGGACAAGAAGAGUCACAGAACAAAAUGUUACUAGAUAAAGCAGAAAAUAAAGAUGAUAAACAAAUGGAUCACAUGACUGCUGAGACCAUAAAUGGCAACAAAGAAGAGAUUCAUGACAAAACCCAGACAUCUGAAAAAGAAAUUCAAGAGAUCUCAGAAAGCCGAAGAGAAAUUACCACACCCUUGAAAGCACAUGAUAGCUUCAACAAAUAUGAGAACAGUCUUUUUCCCAAUGAUUCAGAGAGUGCAAACAAAAAGGAAAACACAAUGGAAAAGGAGUUUUUUGAUGUACUGAGUGGUGAAACUGAACCCCAAGUGUCUUGCUAUAUUACAGCACCAUCAUAUGUUCUACAACACCUAGAAUGCCGAAUAAUUAAUAGCAUGAGUUCUUUAAUAGUGAGUGAUAACGAAGAGUUGGUCAGCAAUGUCAUCACUAUUGAGUUCUCAGAUCGGGAACAGAGAAUUCCAUUUCCAAUAUGCAUUGCAAUUCCAUUUACUGCACGUUACAGGGGAAACUACAGAGAUAUCAUGGUGAAAUUGUCUGACUUAAGCCUUCAAUCAAGUUACCUGACCCCAAAUUCACUAGAAGGACCAAGAGGAAGUUAUAAGGGAACCUGUGCUGAGGUGAAAGUUUACAAGUUGGGCAUCUUUUCUGUUGUGUCUUGUUUAAAGAGAGAAUCUUUCACAAUUACAAAGAAAGGCCUUACUCUUAAGCCAAGCAUGGAUUCCCGGAUAUCCUUAAAUUAUCCUCCAGGAGUAUGCAGCACACCAGUGCUUGUACAAUUAAAGGUCCAACCAGUUGAACCCUCUCUGUUGACAUACUUGAAAACAAAGCAAGACAUCUCCUACUCAGUAGUAUCCACAAGUCCUGUGAUUCAUGUUCAGCACCCAUCAACACGUGUGUUUCAGAAGCCAAUCACUGUAUUCCUACCUUGUUCUCCACACUCUGAUAAAAAGAAUCUGGGAUCUGAGAUAGAUCAUAAAAAUGUAGCUAGUGUCACAACCAACAGGAUCAUUCCUUUAUUUCUCAACCAGACAAAAAGAGUUUCCAUAAGAAAACCUGGGAGCAAUGCCUGCGAGACUUUGAAACUACUAGGAUUCAGAAGCCGAGAUGGUGGUUGGUUUGGUCUUGAUAAUGUUGUGGUGAGAACUAUGCAGAGUGGCUUGGUAUCUUUUGAACUGUUUGAACAUUUGGAGAGGUUUAUUGUACUUCACCUGUCUUCUGUUGUGGACAACAGCCACUUGGUUUCUUUUGUGAAAUCGUUAGAGGAAGCCACACUGAGCACCACUGUCUGUGUAGUACUAAAUCAUCAGAAAGGCAAUCCACACAGAAUAGUGAUUUUAGUGGUGCCUUAUAAAGAUUUAAACCAGGAACUUAAGAGCUUGCAUUUGGGAGGGUUCAGUGCACCUCCAGAGCCAUCUCGCCGUUUCCAAUUAAGAGAAGGAGAACAACUUCUUUUAAAGUUUACUGGAAAUAUAUUUGCUUCAAGGUUCUCUAGAGAAACAAGACCACAUGAAAAAUUAAUCAAUCAUCCACAGAGUACCAAAAGAAUUUCUACAGAUCCUCUAGAAGCCCUUUGGGAUGACUUGCUGUACUGGCUGGCAGAGGAGCUCUCAGAAGACAAUGCCGUGUCUCUGUCCUCUUCCCUCCCUCUACGCCACAGCACCAUUCAGCUCAUCAAACUGAAGAACCCUGAUAAUCUCACAGAACAGAUCCAUGAACUUCUUAGCUUCUGGAAGAAAUCACUCCCAACUUCCACUGAUAAACUUCGCCUUUUGGCUCGUCAUCUCCGCAAGAUUGGCAGGGGUGAUCUUUCAGAAGAACUCAAAUUCAAGUGGGAAAAUAAAGUGCUCACUGAACCACAGCGGUGGUUUGAUAUGGCAGAAUAA